AUGGUGACCUCGACGGGCACCCUGCCCUCCCUCCUGCUGGGAACCCUGCUCACAUUCACCUCCAGGGCCCUGGGGGCCAAUCCCGGCCUGGUCGUCAGGAUCACCGACCAGGGCUUGGAGUACGUGGCCCAAGAGGAGCUGUUGGCUCUGCAGAGUAAGCUGCACAAAGUCACACUGCCCAACUUCGACGGGGACGUCAGGAUCAAACAUUUUGGUAGUGUGGACUAUAGAUUCCACAGCCUGAACAUUCAGAGCUGUAAGCUGCUCGGCUCCGCUCUGAAGCUCCUCCCCAAUCGGGGCCUGCAUUUCUCUAUCUCCGACUCCUUCAUCCAGGUCACGGGCGACUGGAAGGUGCGCAAGAGGAUACUGAGACUAGACGGCUCCUUUGACGUGAAGGUCAAGGGCAUCACCAUUUCAGUCAAUCUUCUCUUGGACAGUGAGCCCUCUGGGAGACCCAAAGUGGCUGUCUCCAGCUGCAGUAGCCACAUCCGUGAUGUGGAGGUGCACAUAUCAGGAGAUUUGGGGUGGCUGCUGAAUCUCUUCCAUAACCAGAUCGAGUCCAGGUUCCGAAGGGUCUUGGAGAGCAAGAUUUGUGAAAUUAUUGAGGACUCGGUGACCUCUGAGCUACAGCCUUAUCUUCAAACUCUGCCAG